UGUUACGAGUACGCGAUGUCUGCUGAAGAUCUGGGGAUGAGGGAGCUGGGGCAGGUGCGAAGUCAGAGGUUGGAUGAGCUUCUAACCACCCUCCGCUUACUACACGACCCAUCGUCAAACUCAAAAGUCGGUAUACCUNUUUUGGACAGGCUUCUCGCAAACCACACUACACGAUUCGACCCUACAAACCUUUCUGCCAUACCUGCACCUCCCAUUAUUGAAAUUACCAGUCCUGUGCCAAAGUCUGGCAAGACUGAGUUUCUGUAUUGGGUGAUUGCAAAUUUGGUGCUGGGGAGUGAUGGGCUUGGUGCGGCUGAAGGCUCCAAGACGGAUCGUGCAGACGUAGACAUGAAAGAUGGGAUGGGGACGACAUCAAACCAUGGCGAAGACCAUGGGGCUCUAGCUGAGGAGACUCCUACGAUUCAAAACGAGACUACAACUGGCCAUACAAAUGCCACAGCAGAUCAGAGUACAAACCAGACGGACCAACCAUACAACAACAAUGAAAUAUCACAACCCAAUCUUCCCAAAAGAGGCAACCACACUGGCUCAACAGCAGUAGCCCUCCUCUCAACCACCCCCGUCAACAUCUCCCGAUUAUCUCAAAUCCUCCUUCAACACCUACUCACCAAAUCGCCAGACCUUUCCCUGCGUGCCGCUGAACCUAUCCUCCUUACCGCACUCUCGCACAUCCACAUCUACACUCCCUCUUCUUUAUCUUCCCUCAUCGCUACUAUUUCCUCUUUACCUGCUUACUUUCUUUCUGCCUCUAACAAGAGUAAAGAAACAAGACUAGGCGCUAUCGUUAUCAACACUCCCUCCUCCUACGUCUGGGAAGAUAAAUUCGCCUCCUCCACUCNNCCCCCUGCAAGCUCUGGGAAAUUCCCAGCCCUGGCUACGGUCUUGAAACGCGUGUCUAUGCACCUACAAACUCCAAUCCUGUAUACUGCCCACCACCUCUCUGCUUCUACCACUUCUCUACACAACACCUCUCUACCUCCAGCCCUCCCAUCUCCGUNNUUUUCUUCUUUCCCUUCCCUGCGCCUCACAAUCUCCGCUCCAAAAAUCCAAGGUUUUGGCAAAGACACCGAUGCAGAAACAGCUCUGCGACAAAGCGUUGCCAGAAAUACAGCAGUGUUACAAAAGAGAUUUAGGGUUGAAGUUGUUGAUUCAGGGAAGGGGAGUGAGAGCAGAGAAAAUAAGAAUGGGGACGGAAAUGCAGGGUUUGAAGUUAGGAUCGAUGGGACAGGUGUUGUGGUGAUUUGA